GGCCACGGAGAGACGAAUUUGCGCGGGUUCGGGCCCGGCGCGGGCAGUCAUGGCGGCCUUCCGUGACAUGGAGGAGGUGAGCUACUGGCUGCUGAGCCUUCUGGGGGCCAACCGCGCCGAGGCGCAGCAGCGGCGGCUGCUCGGGCGCUACGAGCAGAUGGUGGAGCGGCUGCUGGAGACGCAGGACGGCGCCGACCAGCGGCUUCGGGAGACCCUGGCUGUGGAGGAGGAAGUGGCCCAAAGCCUUCUCGAACUGAAGGAAUGCACACGCCUGGGAGGCACCGAGCUCCAGCAGCUGGAAGCGGAGCUGCAGAAGGCCAGCAAGGAGGACGCCUGUCUGCAGGCCAGGCUCUGUCAGCUCACCACAGAGCUCCGGGAGCUCCAGGAGAUGGAGGCGGACCUCCAGCAGCAGGAGAGAGAAGUGGAUGAGGACACCACCAUCACCAUCCCUUCAGCAGUGUAUGUGGCUCAGCUCUACCACCGAAUUAGUAAAAUAGAAUGGGAUUACGAAUGUGAGCCAGGCACGAUCAAAGGCAUCCACCACGGCCCCACGGUGGCCCUGCCUAUCCACCUGAACAGCGCGCAGCUCUCACAGAAGUUUGUCAGCGACUACCUCUGGAGCCUGGUGGACACGGAGUGGUAGCCAGAGCCUUGACCUCAUGCUUGCACAGAAUUGGGGUUGACGGGGCCCGAGGGGGAUCACUCUAAAUAUAAAAAUCUAUAUGUAAA